GGUGUCUCGAAGCUUGCAGGCCGUGCCUUGAAGCGCCCUUCCGACGCCUUUCGCUUUCCUUGGCUCUCUCUCUCUCUCGCUUGUUAUCUGUGGCACUUGCUCGUCAUCGUAGGCAUUUGCGCUCGCUUCAUCCCCUGAUCGCUUUGCUACUCUUUUUUAUGCUCACACUUCCGAGGUUCUGUGUCGUAGUUGGAGCGGUCUUUUCUCUGACUGGUUUACGUAUAGCCGGCGGACAAUUUUGUAUAGCGAAUCUAUUUAGCAGUUAAAAAGCAGAUUGAUUGAUUGUUCUUGUAAUUCUGUUCGGUUCUGGUGUGAGCUGUAGAAGUGGAAGAGCAGUUGUAGAUUGAUUCCGUCGAGGUUCUGUCGUGGCGCUGGUGUUUUCUGGACUGCUAGUGGAAAGCUCUAUCGACUUCUUGGUUGGUUGGUUUGCUCGAUUCGGUUGAACGGUUGCCAAGCGGUUUUGGCGUAGGCCUUUUAGUUUAGGCAGAGGGUACUGGCGCUGUGUUUAGAGAUUUGUUAGGUAAGUGGUUGCCGGCAGGCGGUUGGAGGAUUGCUGCUAACUUCAAUUACUGCAUUGAUUGAUUGUGAAGGGCCCUUUUGUUGUGGGAAAGGGUGAUGCGUGGUGGCUGUUGUGCUCGUAACGUCAGAUUGUAGAUACUCUGAUAAAGAUUGAGGGGGUGGGUGAAGAUUUUUGUAAUUCCUUUACACCUGUAGUGUGGUGGACUCUCGAGCUGAGAUGCACGUGAGGCUUGGUGUAUACGAGAAGAGGAUCUAUGGGUGUCUUGCAAGCGAAUGUUGUAGAGGAAAAACAUCAGGUUAAGAGGCAAGUUGUACAGUAUGGUGACAUGAACACUACGGAGGCAUGGCUAAGACAGGCACAACACUUGACCUCACUAGCGGUUACUGACGCGGCUUCGGUGAAAGCGUUUCUUGGUCGCUGGAAAUCUAUUGAAAAUCGGUUGUUGCAGCUGCCUGCUCUUCUGACCGAGAUGUCACACCUCCAUUGCCUUUCCGACAAUGCUGUCUGCAAGGAACUCUUGAAGGCCAUGAGCGAGACACUAGAGGAAGCCCGCAAUCUAGCCAUGAAGUGUACAGAAUUAAGUUACGGUGGAAAGCUUCAUACUCAGAGUAACUUAGAUUCUCUAUGUGGGAAACUCGACCUUCAUAUUCACGAUUGUCAGUUGAUGAUUACGAGCGGUACUAUGCAAGAGAAUCCAUUAGCGAUAUGUCGAGUCACUCCUGAGUCGACACGGGAGGCUAUCCGGUGGACCAUAAGAGACCUGCUCGCUCAUCUUCAGAUUGGGAGCGCUGAUUGCAAACAAAGAGCGCUCGACAGUAUGCUUCGACUUAUGGCCGAUGAUGAUAAAAAUAUUUUAAUGGUUGCUGGCCAGGGUGUAGUGACAACUCUCGUACACCUUCUAGACGCCAGUCAGCCUGCUAUCAGGGAAAGAGCAGCAGCUGCUAUCUGCUUUCUUGCAUUAAAUGACAGUUGUGAGCACGUGGUAGUUGCGGAAGGUGGCAUAGCUCCUCUUGUUCGUCUGCUGGACUCUGGUAGUUCACGGGCUCAGGAGAGAGCAGCUGCCGGGUUGCAGGGUUUGUCCAUUUCAGAAGAAAACGCCCGGACGAUUACUGCUCACGGGGGGAUUUCUGCAUUGAUUGAAGUGUGCCGAGUGGGUACACCAGGCGCACAAGCUGCAGCUGCGGGAUCUUUAAGGAACCUUGCUGCAGUUGAAAAGCUUCGUAGCAGUAUCGUUGAAGAUGGUGCUAUUCGGGUUGUCAUCAACUUAGUGUCUUCUGGGACGUCCAUGGCGCGAGAAAAUGCAGCCGCCACGUUGCAAAACCUCGCAGUUUCCGACGAUAGCAUCAGAUGGAGAAUCGUAGAAGACGGAGCUCUUCAACCUUUGUUGAGAUACCUGGAUUUUUCCGCAGAGGCGUGUGCUCAAGAAAUCGCCUUGGGGGCGUUGCGCAAUUUGGCAGCGUGCAGAGAUAAUAUCGAUGUCCUUUGCAGUGCUGGCUUCUUGCCUCGUCUUGCUAAUUGUCUUCGCUCAGGACCUCUGGUUGUGCAAAUAGUGGCAGCUGCCGCGGUCUGUCAUAUUGCUUGCUCUACGGAGGCUAGGAGAAUGUUGGGCGAAGCUGGAGUUAUUGGUCCGUUGGUAAAACUUUUGGAUGCGAAGUCCAACACGGCUCAAGAGUAUUCUGCACAGGCUUUGGCUCUUCUUCUCCUUGUCGAAGAGAACAGAACGCACUUCUUGGCUGAGGACUGGGGAAUCGUCGGCCUGGUACUUUUAUUGGAUACACGCCUUCAGGAAGUUAGCAAGCAAUACCCAAUUGCGGCUCUUCAGGCUCUCUCCGGAAGUGCAAGAUGCAGGAAGCAGAUGGCGACAGCCGGCGCUUGUUACCAUUUGCGUCAGUUGGCGGAUAUGGAAGUGGCAGGUGCUAAAAGGCUUUUGGAUCGAUUGAUCACUGGAAAGUUCCGAAGCAUUAUCACCAGAACUCUAAUGAUCAAUGCAUUCCACAAUUGAUCGUCACAUGGGUCUCAAUUGCGAGUUGAACGGGGAGUGUUUCUUUCUUUUCUUUCACCAGCUGAUUAUUUCGGCACCACGAUUGUCAAUAGGAACUUAAUGUGCUAAGUAUAUUCCUGUGCGGGGUCACCAUAAAACUGUGCCAUAGAUACACACUGAAGCUGUUCUGCGAGCCCAAGCAGGGAGCCAUACAUAGACUAGAUCUGGGGACAUUCAUUCAACACCCCAUUGAUUAUUGAUUUAUGAUGUAAAAUAUGGACAUAGGAAAUGGAGGCUAGUUUUAAUGAGGUCCCUACAUCAGGCAGUAGGAUCAAAUGCUUCCUCGUUUGUAGAGAGGAGCUAUUGUGCAGUUAGCGUCAGAGACACAGGCAGCCGCCGAAAACAUUUGUCAUUAUGAUUGUAUAACAUCAUCAAGUUUCUUCUUUUUGCACAACUUUCAAAAAUCA